GUCAUCGUGAUGAAGUGGCAAACAUGGAAGCUAGUGGAGAUUCUGCAGUUCAAUCACUUUUAAGUGAUGAAAUCUACGCGGAUUUCCUGAAGGAAGAUUUUGAUGUGAAGAUUUAUACUGCUCAAGCUAUCCACCAUGCUGUCAUUGCCGAACAACUGGCUAAACUGGCCGAGGGAAUCAGUCAGUUGGACAAGGAGUUGCACUCUCAGGUGGUUGCUAGACAUGAGGACCUUUUGGCUCAGGCAACAGGCAUUGAAUCACUGGAAGGUGUACUGCAAAUGAUGCAGACUAGGAUUGCAGCCCUUCAGAGCGCGGUGGACAGGAUAAGGACCAAAAUCGUUGACCCCUAUAAUAAGAUAGUGGCCCGUACAGCACAGCUGGCAAGAUUACAGGUGGCCUGUGACCUGCUGCGCCGGAUCAUCCGCAUCCUGUACCUGAGCAAGCGGCUGCAGGGCCAGCUGCAGGGCGGCAGCCGGGAGAUCACCAAGGCAGCGCAGAGCCUCAACGAGCUCGACUAUCUGUCCCAGGGAGUGGACCUCUCUGGCAUCGACGUGAUUGAGAACGACUUGCUGUUCAUCAGCCGAGCCCGACUGGAGGUGGAGAACCAGGCCAAGAGACUGCUGGAGCAGGGCAUGGAGAUUCAGAAUCCUACCCAGGUGGGAACAGCCCUGCAAGUCUUUUACAACCUGGGCAGCCUGAGGGAGACCAUCACUGGGGUGGUGGACGGCUACCGGGCCUCCGUGAAGGACAACGUGACCAGUGCCCUUGACAUCAAGGUCCUCACCCAGCCCGCUACCACUAGAGGUGCACCAGGCAGGGCAAUGAUGCCGACCCCCGGGAGCGCCGCAGCCUUCCGAGCCGCUCUCUGGACCAAGCUGGAGAAGCUCAUGGACCAGAUCUGUGCCGCUUGCAGCCAGGUCCAGCAUCUCCAGAAGGUCCUAACCAAGAAGAGGGAUCCCGUCACCCACGUCUGUUUCAUCGAUGAGAUCAUCAAGGACGGGCAGCCUGACAUCUUAUACACCUUCUGGAAUUCUGUGACCGGAACGCUGUCCGUGGAAUUCCAGAAAGCCACUGCUGACUCCACCUUCCUGAAGCAGGCAUUGGAAGGGGAGUACCCUAAGUUACUGAGGCUGUACAACGAGCUGUGGAAGCGCCUGCAGCUGUACAGCGCCAGCAUCCAGGGAGGGCUGGACCUGCCCGUGGAGCUGCCUCCCUCCGAAACCGACUCCCAGGACCUCUUCACUCAAACCAAGCAGGACUACGACCCAGAGAAGGCUUUGAAGGAUUCUCUUCAGCCCUAUGAGGCUGCCUAUCUCUCCAAGUCCCUAUCACGCCUCUUUGACCCCAUAAACCUGGUCUUCCCGCAGGGGGGGCGCAACCCCCCCUCCAAUGACGAGCUGGACAGCAUCAUCAAGACCAUAGCCAGCGAGCUCAACGUGGCCUCUGUGGAUCCCAGUCUAACCGUGGCUGUGGCUAAGAACGCCGCCAAGACGGUGCAGCUCUUCUGUGUGAAGUCAGAGCAACUGCUGUGUACCCAGGGCGAUGCCAGCCAGGUGAUCGGCCCCCUGACUGAAGGCCAGAGGAGGAACAUGGGCGUGGUCAACUCUCUGUACCGGCUCCAGCAGGCCGUGGCCAAGGUUAUAUCCAGUCAAACCGCAUUCCCACCUGCUGCUGAACAAGCUCUCACUGCUUCUCUGGAGGGUGUACAGACCCUGAUGGUCAACGCAGUCCAGCCUCUGCUACUGUCCGUGAGCGACUCCAUAGAAGCCAUCCUCAUCACCAUGCACCAGGAAGACUUUUCUGCGCCCCUUUCCUCAUCAGGACGUCCAGAAGUGCCCUGCUCUCUCUACAUGAAGGAGCUGCAGGGCUUCCUGGCCCGGUGCAUGAGUGACUACCUGCGCCACUUCCAGUGCCUGGACUUCAUCUACGACAACACCGAGGCCAUCGCUCGCCGCGCCAUCCAGCUCUUCAUCCGCAACGCUAGCCUGCUGCGCCCGCUCGGUGAGGGCGGCAAGAUGAGGCUGGCGGCGGACUUCGCCCAGAUGGAGUUGGCCGUGGCUCCUCAAUGCAGGCGCGUGUCAGACCUGGGGAAGCCGUACCGUCUGCUGCGCUCCUUCAGGCCGCUGCUCUUCCAGACCAAUGAGCUGAUCGCCAGCAGCCAGGCUCUGGGCGACAUCAUUCCCUACAGCACCAUCCUGCACUUCCUGUUCACGCGCGCGCCCCCUGAGCUCAAGUCACCGCACCAGAGAGCCGAGUGGUCCAUCGCCCGCUACUCCCAGUGGCUGGAUGACCACCCCUCAGAGAAAGACCGCCUCACCCUCAUCAGGGGGGCUCUGGAGGCGUAUGUGCAGUCAGUGAAGGCAAGACAAGGGAAGGAGUUUGCACCUGUGUAUCCGAUCAUGCUUCAGCUGCUCCAGAGGGCCACCAGCGCCGUGUAGGAGGACCGAGCAGCCAAUGGAGCUCAGCGAUACCAGCCUCAAGCCGCUUCAUUCUCAUACCCA